GAAUGCAAGCGUCGAACAAACAUAUAUUUUUAUAAACACGAACUUUAACUCAAAAAAAUACCACCUUAGAAUGUCUAAAUUACAAAGAGGAUCACAAAAAUUUGCAAACGUAACAAACCUAAGUACAAUUGAGGUGAAGUCAAAGUUCGAUGCAGAAUUUAGAAGAUUUGCKUCGGAGAGGAAUCAGUUUCAAACUUACGAGGAGUUUUACAAAUACGUUGAAAAGAUCCACAAGCUUGAAGAUAUACCAUUUACAACUUGGUAUACCGACAUCCACGGAGACCUACUUCCGAUUAAUAAUGAUGACAACUUGCUUGUAGCUAUCACUACUGCAAAACCGCUGUUACGAUUAUUUGUGCAAAGAAAAGGUGAAGGAUACGGUCAGAAUGGAUUACCACCCGAAGUACAACUACGUAAAAAGACAAUGUUCUCCAACAUCACACACCAAAACAAAUCCACGCUCAGCAGAGUCAAUAUCAGCACACCACAAGAUUUCCGACGUGUUUCAGCCAUUGUUGAUGUCGAUAUACUUCCCGAGACUCAUAGGAGAGUUCGACUUCUCAAGCACAACUCAGAUAAACCUUUGGGGUUCUAUAUCCGUGAUGGCACAAGUGUCCGGGUAACACCAAGCGGACUGGAGCGAGURCCAGGAAUAUUCAUAUCUCGUCUUGUUCCAGGUGGACUUGCCGAGAGUACAGGUUUACUGGCAGUUAAUGAUGAGGUACUUGAGGUUAAUGGUAUCGAUGUGUCUGGAAAAACUUUGGAUCAAGUAACGGACAUGAUGAUUGCAAAUAGCCAUAAUCUUAUUAUUACAGUCAAACCAGCAAAUCAAAUGAACAAUCCGAAACCAGGAAGUGCCCUGGAAAGAUUGAACGGCAAGUCAAGAAGUCUAACGAACCUUAAUUCAAUACACAAUAAUCCCUCUACUGGAUCGCCGACAAUCGCUCAUGCUUACUCGAAUGCGCUAAUGGACGAUGAUAUCCCUGAUAGCGAUGAGGACGAAAACCCGACAGUCGAUGAAGAAACUGGAGUGCUUUCAAUAUAAUUUCUAAUUGUUCGUCAUCCUUCAUUCAUSAAAGACAUCCAAGUUACGGUACAUCUUUUGUACAUACUAUUCUUUUUGUUACACAUCUGUGGAAAGAUUUGUAAAAAAAAAAGAGAAUAUCCUGCUAAACUCGACAGUCGCUGUUCUGAGACAACAAUCAAAUCUUUGCAUAUCAUUGAAUGGAUUUUAACUGGAACAAACAACAUUGAAAACAUCAUCUAAGUURUGCAUCAUAUACUUGGAGAACCAUCUGUAAAGUUUUAGUACAUUUUGCCUCAGCAAAGAAAUGUCUUUUCGGACAUAUCUGGCCCCUAAGUGGAAAAAAUCUUUUUUCUUUUCAUGUACAUGAUUUUGGUCACAAAAGAAUGAAUAACCAUUGCUUGCACCAAGCUAUCUGACGGACUUCACUAUAAAACAAUUUCCAUAUUUACCUGCGUAAAAGCCAAAACUUGUUUUAUUUGCUUCUAAAACAAUAAUUGUUGGGAUCAUGGGAAAACUUUUUUUAAAAAGCCAAUGAAUAUUUACUUACCUUAGUAAAUACCUCCUAGAAUUUAAAACUUGCACCCCAAAAUUCAAAUAUAUAUUCAUAAAAUUAAUUGCCAUAAAAAUGACAAUAAAUACAGUGGUUUUUUACAAUCCUUUAAUGUGUUAAAUGCUUAGCAAAAGAAACAAUGGAGUUUAGCUCAAAGGUGAUUUUUCACUCCUUACUUAACUUAUUCAAUUUUCAAAAUGCUUUUGUUUUGUAUUGUUUUUAUCCAUUACCUGCAGUAAGCAUACUUUCUUURAAAGAUUUAUGAAAACCAUUGUAUAAAUUGUAGGCACUGCUUCUUGCUUAAUCCUACUACAAUUGCUUAAUUCUUGUUCCAAUUCUUUCACAAUUUGCCACCAAAAAAUACAAUUAUUUGAUAAGUUUAUAUGUGAAUAAGGAUUUGGUUUUAAUCGUAACCUCUACUCAGGUUUUGUCAAAAGGAGUUGGUUAAUAAUUUAGCAUUAUAGAUAUUUUAUUAAAUAGGUUUAAAUUUCAUGAGAUUUUUCAUCAUCAUGGCAAGAUAGAGUUAUAAACUAGUAGAGAUGUUUCCUUUUUUAAGACUAUUGGAAAMUAUUACAAGAAAACCUCUCUACUAGAAUACAGUGGCCUGCAAAGUGGUCUGUGAAGAGAUGACAAGGCCUUUGUACAAACACUAAAAUUGUGUGGCAUUUUAAACACAAACUAGUGCUAUAAAUUAUGCUAAUUUGUCUUUUUUCUAUUUUGGAAUAAGCUCUUAUUACCAAGACUUUAAAAAWAACAUAACACACUUUCCGUGUUUGUACUCAAUUCCUUGCACUCUACCAUAUCAGAGAUUAUAGAAUUCCACUAGAAAAAUCUUCAAAUGCGUGAAGCCAAACUUGAAAUUUCAUAAUAUYGUUAUCUAACUUAAUUGCUAGACAAACAUUAAAAAAACGAAACGUUUAUAUAAAACAA